UCCGCUCCCUCUCUCUCCUCCCAGUCCCCUCCUCGGAAGUAGACGUAUCCCGUCUAUAUUCCGUUCUUAUUUUUUUUUAUAUAUUUAUAUAUCAACCCCUCCACCCUCAAAACUCACAAUGGACGACUAAACCGGAGCACGGGUCCUCGAUUCCGCCCGUCUUUCUUCCUGCUUGGAUCGAGAGGACCGGAUGAAACCCAACUGUGGUUUUCUCCGCUUCGCAGGGGAGGUAGCUGUAUCCAGUGGGGAGGUCGGCUCGACCCGGAGAGGCCAGAAUGAAGUCCGUCCAACCCUGGGGACGCCAGAGGCUGUCUUUUCUCCUGGAGAAGGCCGCCUCUAGGGAAGCCCAGACGUGGAGAGGCUACGUGGCCAAGAAGUCCACCUCCCAGGAUACAGACGUCUCCCCGGCGCAGCGGGACGAGGCGGUGCGCUGGCUGACGGAGCUCCACGGCCGGCUGCAGCUCUACCCAGAGACCCUGGUGUUAGCCGUUAGCAUCCUGGACCGCUUCCUGGCUCCCAUCAAGGCCCGUCCAAAGUACCUGCGCUGCAUCGCCGUCGCCUGCUUCUUCCUGGCUGCCAAGACCUGCGAGGAGGACGAGUGUGUUCCCUCUCUGAAGGAGCUGGCUGCCUCCAGUCGCUGCGGCUGCUCUCCGUCGGAGAUCCUGAGGAUGGAGAGACUCGUCCUGGACAAACUGGACUGGGAUCUGCACACCGCCACCGCUCUGGACUUCCUGCACAUCUUCCACGCGAUGGCGACGACGUCUCGCUCCGGCUUCCUGGACUCCGUCGGGUUGAACCGCUCCCAGCACCUCGGCCUCCUCACCCGCCGCCUCUACACCUGCCUGGCCGACCACGCCCUCAUGCAGCUCAGGGGAUCCAUGCUGGCCCUGGCCCUCAUCAGCCUGGAGCUGGAGACCUGCUGUCCUGAUUGGCUGGCGCUCACCAUCAACCUGCUGAGGAAGGCUCAGGCGGACAGCUCGGCGCUGAUCCGCAGCAGAGAGCUGGUCUCACGCAGCCUGUCCACGCCCAGAGCUUCCCUGCCUCCCAACACCGUUUACAUCUACCAACCCCUGCAGCUCGCCGCCCCGGGCCGCCGCCCGCCGGGGACCAUGGAGACGUCCAGGGACCAAGCCGCCCUGCCUCACACGGCGGCAGCAGCUGGAGAGGAGAGCAAAGCUCCGCCCCCUUCCCCGAAACACCUGAACCACCUGCAGAAAGUCCCGCUGCGCUGCAAAGCCUCCACCAAGCGCAAGGUGGAGCAGAUGGACGUGGACGACUUCUACGACGGCAUCAAGCGCCUCUACAACGAAGACGUCACCGCCACCGUCCAUGAGGGGGCGCCGCCCGCAGCUGGGGGCGGGGCUUACGGCGGUGACUCCUCCCCCUGCCCUCCUCUGCAGCCGGUCGGCGCCUUGUAGAAACGGGAACCACCUCGGCAGCCCGUCGGACCGACCGGGUUCUGGUGUCCGAUCGGCCGCCGGGCGUUCCCGUGGAAACGAGGCGCGGCGGGAACGUGGAGCCGUUCAGCUGGAACUGACCGCAACUCCCAUCAGCCCCUGCAGCUGGAAAACAGAGCAAAAAAAAAAAACUAAACAUCCAAAAUGUUUAAAAAAAAAUCUGCUUCUGAUGUAAUUAUUCUGUUUGUUUAACACAAAAAAUAUUUAAACAUAAAACUUCCUUAAAAACCCAACCGAACGUGUUUCUAAUGGUGAAAGUUUCACGUUUUUGUUGUUUUUUCUCUCUGCAUGUUUUCCUGUUUUUUUUGUUGAAACUUGGUGCCAUUUAUUAAUGUUACAUUUAAAAAACUCAACUUUCAGCUGCCAAAACGUGUUUUUUUUUUUAGUUUGUUACCUUGAAGUGAAUGCAUGAGAAAUGAUUUGUAGCUUUGAGGCUGUUUGGUUUUUCAGAACCAACCCAACCAACGACUCUCCGGUUCUCUGACCCAUCAGGACCAAGACGUUGGUUUUCACCCUGAAGGUGUCGAGGUUCACGGAGACGAUAUUCCCUCCUGUUUAAAAUGUUUUAACUUUCUGUUUAAAUUAUUUUUCCUCAGUGUAAAAAGCUCUGUUGCUCCUGCUGGAGGAGCUGCUGCUGGCUGCUUCAGGACCCUGAACACUAAAUAAAGACCUUACAACGAGA